AUGGCAGCAGCUUUGUUUGGAAAAGGUAUUCCAAUAAAAUCGCGUAGUUGGGUGUGGAAAUAUUUUACCAUUUCUCCUGAAGAUACCUCAAUUGCAAUAUGUAAUACAUGCAAACUGAAGGUUUCAAGAGGUAACAAAGAAAAAAAAUCUAAAUCUUUUAACACAACAAAUAUGUUGUGUCAUAUAAAUACAAAGCAUAAAGAAAUAGCAAGCAAAGAGUUAAAACUUAACGAAGAAGAAAACAAAAGGAAAGCAGAAAGUGAAAAAAAUGUGUUCAAGAAAAUCAAGUCAACUGAAGCAAGUUGCUCAAAACAGUCCCAACAAACUUUGUUUGAAACACUUGCGAGAAAAAAACCCUGGGACAUUAAUGAUCACAGAUCUAAAUUAAUUAAUAACUAUAUUGCAGAAAUGAUUGCAGUUGAUAUUCAACCUUUUUCAAUAGUAGAAGACAUCGGAUUUCAAAGAUUACUAAAUCAUAUAUGUCCUAACUAUUGUAUACCAAGUAGAAAGUACAUUAAAAACACUGUUUUUCAAAAUAUAUAUGACAAAGUCAGACAAAAUAUCCAAAAAGAAAUAAAUUAUGCUUCUUACAUUUUAUUUACAACUGAUGGAUGGGCAUCUACCAACGGAAAAUGCUCAUUUCUUAGCUUGACAGCUCAUUGGUUAACUAAUAAAUUUCAUCAAAAGUCAGCAGUUCUUCGAGUUUGUCAAUUUAAUGUAUCUCAUACUGCCAAAAAUAUAUGCGAAGCAAUUCAAAGUUCUAUGAAUGAUUUUUUUAUUCCAGCUUCAAAGGUACAUUUAGUUGCUAGAGAUAAUGCAGCUAAUAUGACAACUGGAAUAAGAGAGGCAGGUUACAAUAGCUUGCCGUGUUUUUUACACACUUUGCAACUUGUGUUGAAUGACACUGUAUUUGCCCAGAUAUAUAUCAAAAAGAUAUCAACAACUUGUAAAAACAUAGUAACCCAUUUUAAUCAUUCUCCAUCUUCUUUUGAAGCGUAUCGAAAAUAUCAAACUCAAUAUCAAGUGCCACAAAAUAGGUUUAAACAAGACAUUGCAACAAGAUGGAAUAGUCAAUACUUUAUGUUUGAAAGAAUUUUUGAACAGAAGCGUGCUUUAAUUCCAUUUUGUUGUGAUAAUGAUAACUCUAAACUAAAUGAGCGUGAAGCAAUUGCAUCUGCUAUAAUUCCAACUGUACAAGUUAUACAAACCAUGUUAAUUCAAGCUGAAAAGUCUCCCUUGUUUUUUGGAUUAGGAACCAUUUUAAAAGAAUCCACAUUUUUAGAUCCAAGGUAUAAAAAUAAUUUUUUUCCAACCGAAGUAGCUGACAGUUAUCUUGAAAAUAUUAUUAAAUGGCUUGUAGAUUGCUCAAAAAGUUUUCAACAAAAUGAUCAUAUUGAAUUUCAACCUGAGGUCAGUUCUUCAUCAAGUACAACAAAUCUAGAUUUCGAUUUUUCAAAAUGCUUUGAAAAUUUUAUUAAAAAUAAAAACACUUUAAUUGAAAACACAUCUAUAUCUGAAGUUCUGCAAGAAACAGAAAGCAAACAUUAUAUAAAAUUGAAAAAUGAAGUUUUAAUGUAUUUGAGUCAAGACAUAAUCAUGCAACAAGAUAGUCCUAUAGUAUGGUGGGGAGCAAAUAGAAAUAACUUCAAACAAUUAGCUCCAAUAGCUCAGAAAUAUUUAUCAUGCCCUCCAUCUUCUGUUGAAAGUGAACGAUUAUUUAGUUGUGGAGGACAAAUUUAUUCUCCACGACGAAGUAGGUUGGCUCCGGAAACAGGAGAAAUGCUUAUGUUUUUACAUUACAAUAUUCGUAUACACAAUUUUAAAUACUAA